UUAGUGGGUGAACGCGGUGCAUCUCUAUCAGGAGGUCAGCGCGCCCGUGUUAGUUUAGCUCGAGCCGUUUAUCGCCGUGCAGACCUUUAGCUGGACGACCCGCUCUCCGCUGUUGACGCACAUGGGCGGCAUUUGUUUGAUAGAUGUAUCGGACCCAAAGGACAAUUAAAAGGAUGUACUAGGAUUCUUGUCACUCAUCAAGUGCAUUAUUUGAAUGGAGCUGAUUGGAUCAUAGUAAUGAAUAAUGGAACAGUUGAAGCGCAAGGAACGCCCGAAGAUUUAUCAAGAAGUGGAAUAGAUAUAGCCAAAUUAAUCAGUCAACAAGAAAAUGUAGAGUCUCCCGAUCCAUAUAAGAAGAGCAAAAUGUCAGUUUCUUCUAUUGCGACUCAUGAAUCAGAUUCAGAGCAAGAGGAGGAUGUCGACGAAGGUCCGCAAGCUGUUGCUGAAAAAUCUUCGAAAGGCACGGUUCAAGGAUCUCUGCUAGCACAAUAUUUCAAGGCUGGUGCUAACUCGAUCCUGUUGAUGCCUAUGUUUGCCUUGUUUUUGUUAGCGCAAGUUGCCGCUAGUGCCGCUGAUUAUUGGGUUUCAUACUGGACUGCACAAGAAGAACUCCGUCAUUUCUAUAACUCAUCUGCCACGAUAAAUUCAAGUGAUUUUAAUGACUUACUACACCAAACAUCAAGUAAUACUGAAAACUUACUUAGCACUGAAACUUGCAUGUAUAUUCAUGGAGGAUUAGUUGCUUCACUAUUUAUAAUAGCUAUACUCGUUCUAUAUUUCUACACUGUAUGUGUACGGGCUUCUCAAAGAUUACAUGAUUCUAUGUUCAAAGGAAUUUUACAAACAACUAUGCGAUUUUUUGAUACAAACCCUUCAGGACGGAUUAUGAAUAGAUUUUCAAAAGACAUGGGCGCUAUUGAUGAAUUUUUACCUAAAGCCUUGCUUGAUUCAUCACAGAUCAUACUGACUAUAGUUGGCGCUUUAAUAUUAACGGCAACUGUAAAUCCAUUAUUUUUGAUAGCUGUCGGCGUUCUUGGAAUAGUUUUCAUAUUUGUGAGAAGAAUUUACUUAAAAACAUCAAAAAAUAUUAAACGUCUUGAAGGAAUAACCCGAAGUCCAGCAUAUUCUCACCUUGCAGCAUCGUUAGCUGGCUUGUCGACUGUGAGGGCGUUUGGAGCCCAAAGUGAAUUAACGAGUGAAUUCGAUUCACAUCAAGAUCGCCACAGUGGUGCAUGGUACAUGUUCAUUGCAACUAGCACUGCUUUUGGUUUCAGCUUAGAUCUGAUGUGCUUGCUAUUUAUAUUUGCUGUCACUUUCAGUUUUCUAAUUGCAGGACAAGAACGAUUGGGCGACCAAGUCGGUUUGGCCAUCACUCAGGCGAUGGCCCUCACCGGAAUGAUGCAAUGGGGUAUCCGGCAAAGUGCAGAAGUUGCUAACCAAAUGAUGGCAGUGGAACGUGUUCUUGAAUACAAAUCAUUACCGCCAGAAACAGAACCGAAGGUUCCUAGAGAAGUGCCUAAAUUAUGGCCAGAGAAAGGUACAAUUAAGUUUGAAGACAUGACUUUAACUUAUGUGGAAGGAGAGGAACCAGUUUUGAAACACUUGGAUAUAGAGAUCAACGAAAAAGAAAAGAUUGGUAUAGUUGGAAGAACAGGCGCUGGCAAAUCGUCCUUGAUUGCGGCAAUAUUCCGCUUAGCCCGCGUUGAAGGAUCUAUAACAAUUGAUGGCAUCGAUACGGCUACAAUUUCUUUGAAUAAACUAAGAUCAAAAGUGUCCAUCAUUCCACAAGAUCCUGUACUGUUUUCUGGAACAUUACGAAGAAAUCUUGAUCCAUUUGAAGAAUAUUCGGAUGCCGCCGUAUGGACUGCACUGCAUGAGGUUGAACUAGGAGAAUUGGGUGCAAGUGCUUUGGGUCUUCAAGCUCCAGUUAUGGCAGGCGGGUCUAAUUUCAGUGUCGGACAAAGGCAACUUCUAUGCUUAGCCAGGGCUAUUCUAAGAGAGAAUAAGAUCUUAGUACUGGACGAAGCGACGGCCAAUGUUGACCCUCAAACUGAUAUAUUAAUCCAAAGGACGAUUCGUUCACGUUUCGCCGAAUGUACAGUUCUCACGGUCGCUCAUCGUCUUCACACCGUCAUGGAUUCUGAUCGGGUGUUGGUUAUGGAUGCCGGCCAGGCUGCAGAGUUUGCUUCUCCUAUAGAAUUGUUAAAUGUCAAAGAUGGAAUUUUCCGAUCCAUGGUGGAUCAAAGUGGUCGACAAGAAGCGGAACAACUUAUGGCAAUUGCUAGGAAAACGGCUGAAAACAAAGUCCAUACAAGUUCUUUGGAAACGAUGAUCUGAAUGCUGUUGGGUAAUAUCAAAGCUUUAUAAAUUAAUGCAGGGUUAGAACUUAUCAGGUCCAUGUUGAUGAAGCAUAUAGGUCGUUGGCUCUAAAUAUUUAGGGCCAUUUUUAACUUAUCGUUAUACCACUGUGUAUAAAUAUACGGUCUUAAACCGAUGUUUUCACUAAUUACAGUAAUACUUUAAGCGUAAUGUUUUUAUAAUUAUAACAAAUUUUAGCGUCUGGUUGAAUGAAAACGGGUGA